GAUAUCUUUCCCAUACACCAAAUUAUUUAUGGCUGUAGGGUACGUUUUGACUUUGGGAAUACUCUGGUCUUCCUGCUUGUGCUCAGAACCAGGACCUCCUGCAAAUGGUGUGCAUACAGUGAUACCACCUCAGGGACCUGGUGUUGCAAGGGAGUACCUGGGACAAGUUGACUCGCCUCCUUCUGGUAACAUGAGUCCUUGGAAAGAAAGGGAGUAGCAGUGACCACUCUGUUCACUGUGGCCAAGCAGCUAAAACUAUCAGCCUUCUCAGUGGACGUACAUACAAGCCUUGGUACUCUUUUUCAUGAACUUCGUUUGCCUGGGGCAGUUGUUGCAGAGUGCUGGUUGAAGUUAAGUCUGAAAGUUUCUUCUGCCCUGCAGUGAAAUGUGAUAAAUGGUGGUGUUCUCAUGCAUUGUGAUGUAGUGUAAGUGAUGCUUAUUUAUUAUUGAAAAUAAUAACUUCCUUAAUUUGCAGUAUAUGAACAGCUCUUUCAUCAUGCUGUUUUAAGUGGGUCAUGACAUAUGCUGGGCAUUUAUCUGGCAUACCUUAUGCCUUCAUCAUCUGCAGUAAUAACACGUUUUUCUCAUGUGUGCAAAUACCUCUGUGUUUGUAGCGUGCGGCAGCUCACCUGUAAAUACAUGAGGGCAACACGGGGCGAGCCCACCCCGCAGACCUCAAGAGGGUCAGCAGCCGGGCGUCCAGUCCCCCAAAACCGAAACUGAACUCAGCGGCGACAUCUCCCGGCGAUGCGGCUUUCGCCUCCCACGCCCAGCACGCAGGCUGGGCCGCCACGGGCCUGGCCAGCCCCCGGGAGCGGGGAGCCCGCCCGCCCCUGCCCGCGUCUCUUCCCGUGUAGGGCUGCGGGCGGCCGCCACCGUUUCGCCUCUCGCCCUCGGCUCAGCCCGCGCGGCCGCCGGUGACCUCCCACCGUGCCGUGUCGCACCGUGCCGCUCCCUCCCGUGCGGCCGAGAGCCCCCGCCCCUCGGCUCACUUCCCCUCGGCUCGCCCCGUCGCCGGCGCGCCCUCCCGCUGCUCUCCCAGCACUCUCCGGCAGCGGAGCGGCGGCUCGCUGUUUCCGCCGGCCGCUCGCCCGGCGCUGCCUGCGUGGGACCGCCGCCAUUUUGUGAGGAGAGGCAGUGGCGGGGCCGACGGCUGGUCGGUAGCGGUACGUGAAGCGACGUCGCUGCGCCUGCGAGGAGGAGGAGGUGGGGGCCGGGCUCCGCCUCGCAGCGGUGGAGCGGGGGAGGCUGGCGGAUUGAAAGGGCUCCGCGCCGUCUUGGUCUUCUGUGUGGGGUGUGUAGCUCCUGCCGGAGAGGAGGGCUGGGGCAGGCGGGGGAAGAGGAUGCCGUGCUGCCCCGGAGCCCUGCGGGCAGGGGGCUUCCCAGCGGGGUCACCGCUGGCGGCAGGACGGGACACUUCUGAAGAGCCCGUUAAGGGUGUAGUCUUUUUCGUCAGCCUGGCGCUCCGUGAGCACGGUUUGCUCCCCUCACCUGAAAGUGUACUGAAGCAUGUUUUUACCAAGAUCUGUUAAAGUCAAGAGGACCGCUGAUGACGACAAAGAUUGUACAGCUAAGAAAAAGAAAUUGUCUUCUGGAGAAUCUUUGCUAGAAGAGACCACCGAGUUCCAAGACUGUAAGUUGGUAAGAACAGAAACUUGUGCUUCAAGAUGCGAUUUGAAUGAAGUUGUACAAGAAUGCACAGAACCUGUAGCUGGAGAUCUUGGUGUUCUGAAUACAACUUUGGGAAAGGACAACCAAAAUACUGAUGAAGAUAGCUCUUUGGAAGAACCCAUAAAAUCCUUCAGCAAAUCCCAGCGUUGGCCAGAACCUGGAGAACCUGUAUGUGUUGUGUGUGGUCGCUAUGGAGAGUACAUCUGCGAUAAAACAGAUGAAGAUGUUUGUAGCUUGGAAUGUAAAGCCAAACACCUUCUACAAUCUCAAGAAAAGGAAAAAAAGCUAAAAUCGGAUCAACUCACAAAAGAAAAUCAAGCAGAUACUCACCUAUUUAACACACCUUAUUUCUACAAAGAUCAUUCCUUUAUUUUAGGUUUGCGAGAUGAUCAGAUUGAGAACCUUAAACUGCAGCUAGGUAUUGCUGUCCAGGGCCAGCAAGUUCCAAGACCUAUUGUAGAGUUUGAGCACUGUGGUUUUCCUGAAACUUUAAACCAUAAUUUAAAGAAUUCUGGCUAUGAAGUCCCAACUCCCAUCCAAAUGCAAAUGAUCCCUGUUGGACUGUUAGGGAGGGAUAUUGUGGCUAGCGCAGACACGGGCUCUGGAAAAACAGCAGCCUUUCUACUCCCUGUUAUUAUGAAGGUUUUGAAAGAGACAGAAACUCCAUCUGCCCUUAUUUUGGCACCAACAAGGGAGUUAGCAAUUCAGAUAGAGAGACAAGCUAAAGAACUGAUGGCUGGUUUACCAAACAUGAGAACAGUUCUUCUGGUAGGAGGUUUACCACUGCCACCACAGCUUCACCGUCUCAAGCAAAGUGUUAAGGUUAUUAUAGCAACACCUGGAAGACUACUUGAGAUUUUAAAGCAAAGUUCUGUUCAACUGCAUGGCAUAAAAAUUGUAGUGGUGGAUGAAGUGGAUACCAUGUUAAAAAUGGGUUUCCAGCAGCAAGUGUUGGACAUUUUGGAAGACAUCUCUCAUGAUCAUCAAACCAUACUGGUGUCAGCCACGAUUCCAGUAGGCAUUGAACACUUAGCAAAUCAGCUUCUGCACAAUUUUGUAAGAAUAACAAUUGGAGAAAAGAAUCUGCCGUGUUCCAAUGUUCGCCAAAUUAUUUUGUGGGUAGAAGAACCAUCUAAAAAGAAAAAGCUGUUUGAGAUACUAAAUGAUAAGAAGCUCUUCAAGCCUCCAGUGUUGGUGUUUGUGGACUGUAAGCUAGGAGCAGAUCUGUUGAGUGAUGCUGUUCAUAAGAUUACAGGAUUGCAAUGUACAGCUAUGCAUUCUGAAAAGUCUCAGGUGGAAAGAACAGACAUAUUACAGGGAUUACUUCAAGAGAAGUAUGAAGUUAUAGUAAGUACUGGAGUCCUUGGACGAGGGCUUGACCUUGUCAAUGUCAAACUGGUAGUAAAUUUUGAUAUGCCCUCAAGUAUGGAUGAAUAUGUACAUCAGGUUGGAAGAGCGGGGAGGUUGGGUCACAGUGGAACUGCAAUUACUUUCAUCAAUAACAACAGCAAGAAGCUCUUUUGGGAUGUUGUGAAGAGAGUAAAACCAACAGGCACCAUUCUUCCCCCACAGCUGCUGAAUUCCCCAUAUCUUCAUGACCAAAAGAGAAGGGAACAACAGAGACUUAAACAAUUACAGAAUAGUCUUGUAACAGGAGAUAAUAUUAUGGACAUUAUUAGAAAACAUGACAAAAAUAAUUCUCAGAGGUAAUAAAGAUAUAUUUAUAGUUAUCUGAUGUAAUUAUAAUGAAAGUGAUUAAAAAUAAACAUGAAAUUAUGA